CAUCGCGUGUAAACAGGGGUGUGGGCCCUAGCUAAUAGGGCGUCAUCGUGCACAAUAUUACGCGCAAAGUCACCAGGCGUGGUCCAUUACACAGGCGAACAUUCAAUUGGACAAAGAACUUUGCGACUGUGAGGAACUAACCGACGGCCCGACUUCCCCAAGGCCCAGGCAGGGUCCGCUACUCGCUUUCGAUUGACCCGUCAUGCACACGGGCAGAAGGCCCCCAGCGCCAGACCUAUACUUACACUGCAAGCAUCAUACACCUUGCGAGCGUGCAUCUCAAGCCAACAUUCUUUUGUCGAGCUGCACAAAGUUGUCUUACCUCGAGCUGCCAGACCGCGCACAAGGCUCAACUGUCUCAGUCCACAUUAGCUUUCAUUAAACGCCCAGCUGCGAACCAGCGUCUUGCCGCUCGCCUACGUUGCGCAGCGCAUUCGCCCGUUGCAGUGCGCGAGCCAGCCGUCUCUAAACGCCAGGACCAGACCCCAUUAUGAAUCAAGUAUUGGCAACAUCCCGCCCCUCCAGCGAGGCAAGUGACGCCAGCGUCACGGAUGACGCAUUUAGCCCCCAGGCCAGCAGCGUGCUCGCCUCGGCCUCCACGACCGUCAGCGAGGCGAGCAGCGAUGUGACGGAGGAGCAGAUUAAGUAUGUUCGGGCGCACUGCGACGUGUGCGCGGCCAGCGCUGACGACGCAACGGUGCGACGCUUCAUCCGGGCCACUGGCGGCAAUCUCGCAUUGUCCGUCAAGCGCCUGAACGCCACGUGUGCCUGGCGCGCGUCCGUGCGGCCGGAGCAGGUGGUGUGCCGCGCCUGCGUGCGCGACCCGCGCUCGCACUACAUGCACCUGUGCGGCUACGCAGCGGACGGGCGGCCCAUCAUCUACAGCUGCCUGGCAAACCCCACCAACAAGGUCUUCGAGGACAACAAGGCGCACAUGAUCCAGACCUUUGAGUGGGCCAUCAAAUGCAUGCCGCCGGGUGUGGAGCAGUGGAUCUGGGUGUGCGACUUCAAGGGCUUCGGCAUGGCGGACGUCAACCCCAAGCUGGCCAAGCUGUUCCUGGACAUCAGCGCCGAACACUAUCCGGAGCGGCUGGGCAUGUUCAUGAUUGUGGACGCGCCGUCGCUGUUCGGGCUGCUGUGGAAGGCCAUCCAGUCGUUUGUGGACCCCAAGACCUACAAGAAGAUCCGCUUCCUGCCCUUUGACUUCAAGGCCGGCGGUGGCAAGGGCUCGCUGCUCAAGGCGGAGAUGGAGCAGCACUUUGACCCGGUCACCACGGCCUGGCUGCUGCGCGAGAUGGCGGAGAACCGCGACAAGGCCAAGGUGCCUCUCAAGCCGUACAACUACUACAGUCUUCACCAGCAGGUGCUGUCCGGCGAGCUGUGCAGCGGCGGCGAGCACGCGCUGUGCCACCACGGCCACCUGGCCCUGCAGCUGCCCACGGCGCACGCGCACCACCAACACCAACACCACUCCGCGCACCAGCACGCACACAAGUCCGGCAGCAGCAGCGGUGCCGACGCGCACGCGGCCAGUGUGACGGCGGACUCCAGCGCGGCAGCGGCAGCGGCACCAUCCGCGCCGUCGCCGUCGCCGUCGGACACCAACAGCACCGGCAGCAGCCACCACUGCGGCGGGCCCUACCAGCCACACGUGCUUGCGGAGGAGGCGGGCCGCCUGCCGCACAACUACUGGGGCACGCCGGCGUUUCUGCACACGCUCAACGCGCGGCCAGAGCUGCUGCUGCCGCAGGCCAUUGCCACAGGCACUGUAUAAGCGAGUGCUUGUGUGUGGCGGCUGCGGAUGUCGCGUGGCUCGCGUGGCGAGGCGUGUGGUGAUGCGGGGCGUGCCGCGCCGUACGAGGUGAAGGACUGGAGGAAGGGGUGAAUUGAGGGAGAGGACAUAAGCGCGUGCGAAGCUUGGUUCGCGGUGUGCAGCUAGGUUGGCAUAAUGGUGACUAGUGACCACGUUUGAUUUGGACACACGCUACGAGCGGCAAGCGAUAAAGAUGAGAAAAGGCUUUGUUUGUAGGUGUGGGGCUUGGACUUGGGCUUGGACUUGGGCUUGGACUUGGGUUGUGCGGUUACCCUUUGCCGUGACAGCUUGCGUGACAGGUCAGUUGCCGCGGCGCCAGUGAUGUGUGUAUGCGUAGGUACUAGGUAGGACCUCGGAGCCUGAUUUAUAGACACGGUCUGCGACUUCCUUUGGAAGGAGCCAGACGUAUGUACCGAAUAACGUUGCGGGAAUGCAGCACACCUGAACAAACACACGAUGGAUAAAACUUUGGAUAGAAGUGUUGGCGUCUGAGUGGGUGGGGGCACGCUGCACGCACAGCAGCGUGCUCUUACAGAUCGCAACCCGUGUAUUUUUUACCUAUCACUAAGAUGAUUUGACGGCGUUCAUGGCGAUGGUACAGGGAGGGGGCGGCACAAACAAGGUCCCAGGGGCAACGUGCUGGGAAGUGCCGGCGUGGCCACCGAGCUGUGGACGCAGAUUGACGUAGGCACGGACGCAGGUGGACGCUGAGUUAUUUGCAGUAGAGCAAGUACUGGCGUACUGCUCAACUCAUGUAACCUCUGUGCAGU